GCCUGCAUGUGAAAACAGGUGGAAUCUUGAGAGUUUUAAGAAACUGUGUGCCACCAUGCCGUCCAUGCGUAUAAUGACGAUAUCACCACAUAUUGACGCGCGCAGCAACUAUGAGCUCAUUGGUUACUUACUCCGCCUUGGAGUUCGUCCGUCACUUGGACACGACCGAGUGGCAACGAAGAAAGAGAUUUUGGGUGCCUUGAAACUUGCACCCUCGGAGAGGGACAAGCUUCAUGUCACACAUAUGCAUAAUGUGAUGUCCUUUGCUCAUCGAAAUCCAUCUCUCGUCAAUGUGGCGCUUUGCUCUUCGUUUCCCAAUGCAGAAAUCUACAGAGGUGCCAUUCCCCCAUAUGUGGAGAUCAUCGGAGACCUUGUCCAUACCGAUGCCAUUCCUUUGCAUGUGACAAUUUCUUCCAGAGGGUGUGAUGAUGUUGCUUUGAUCACGGAUUGUAUAUCGGAAAACCUUCCUGGGAAGCGUUUUUCCUACAAUGGACGUUUAAGUUGCGUCCGCGCUGAAGGAGGUUGCUCUCUGUGCGAUGCAUCCGGCAGGCCGACGAAAACGCUUGCGGGGGGCACCAGUUCUUUGGCUGAUCAGUUUAUGAACCUGGUGACUCUCUUCCGGGUGGACCUUAUUUCUGCCUGCAAGAUGGUUGCCACGACCCCCGCCAAAAUUGCCCGACUGGAUGGGGUAGGCUCGAUUGAGAGGGGAAAGAAGGCAAAUAUUUUGAUUCUUAAUUCAGAACUAAACACAAUAACAAAGCGCAUGAUUUACGGGAAGUGGACUGCACAUGCUGAGUAUCGUCUAUUAAGGCCAUCCGUGUCUCACAUGUGA